CGCGUCCCGGGAGCUGCGGGACUUUAGUCUGGAGAAGUUCAAGAGACGAACUGGAUUUUCUCACUUUACAAAGAUUUAAAAGAUCGUGUUGAGAUGUUUCCUCACGUCCUCACACACCUGCUCUGUCUGGUGUGUCUGUGCGCCGCUCGUCCUCAACCAGCUCCACCAAACUCCAUGAGGAUGGAGAAGAGCUCGCCGGCAGCGGGCUCUCUGUCGGGCCGGGUGGUGCUGCCGUGUCACUUCUCCAUCAUGGCGGUUUCUCCCGGCACCUUGACACACACUCCCUCAGACACCACCGCCACUCCCGCACCCGGACCCCUCCUCCCCGCCGACGACCUUCACACCCCGGGUCCCGACGAGCAGCUGAGGAUCAAGUGGACGAAGCUGGAGGGAGAGGAGGAGAAGGUGGUGCUGGUGGCCCAGGGAGGGGUGGUGAAGGUGGGGCAGGAGUUCAGGGGCAGGGUGUCGGUGGCGAGCUACCCGCUGUCGGUGGGAGACGCCUCUCUGAUGAUGGUGAGGCUCCGGGCCAGCGACGCAGGGCUGUACCGCUGCGAGGUGAUGCACGGGAUGGAGGACACGCAGGACACCGUCAAUCUCAGCGUCACCGGUGUUGUGUUCCACUACCGGGCGAACACCAGCCGCUACACUCUGGAUUUCCCCGCAGCUGUGGAGGCGUGUCACGGUGCGGGCGCCUCCAUCGCUUCACCUGAACAGCUGGCGGCGGCUUUUGAGGACGGCCUGGACCAGUGUGACGCAGGCUGGCUCGCCGACCAGUCAGUCAGGUAUCCCAUCACCUUCCCUCGUCCCGGCUGUGCAGGUGAUCUGAUGAGCCGACCAGGAGUGAGAACAUACGGCGUCCGCGACGCCACAGAGAAAUACGACGUGUACUGCUUCGUAGACGAACUACACGGUGAGGUCUUCUACCCUCCGUCCAUCAGCGACAAGCUCACCUUGCAGCAGGCGUGGGAGGAGUGCGAGAAGCAGGAGGCCGUGCUGGCGUCGCCCGGUCAGCUGUUCGCAGCCUGGAGGGCGGGGCUGAACCGGUGCGACUACGGCUGGCUGUCCGACGGCAGCGCCCGCUACCCCGUCACCGUCCCCAAGCCUCAGUGCGGGGGAGGCCUGCUGGGCGUCCGCACGCUUUACAAGUACGAAAACCAAACUGGCUUCCCGGACCCCACCGACAGGCACGGAGCUUUCUGCUUCAAAGAUCUCCUGCCGUGCACAAUCAGUGUGUGUCAGAACGGAGGCUCCUGCUACAGGAGGGGAGCACAAAAUAUCUGCAUGUGCGCACCUGGAUACACCGGACAGCUGUGUGAAACAGAUGUUGACGAGUGCCAGUCCAACCCGUGUCUGAACGGAGCCACCUGUAUGGACAGAGUCAACUCCUUCACCUGUGUGUGCCUGCCCAGCUACGCAGGAGAGCUCUGUGAACACGACACCGAGGUGUGUGGAUUUGGUUGGCAGAAGUUUCAGUCUCACUGCUACAAGUACUUCACCCACCGUCGGACCUGGGACGCCGCUGAGAGGGAGUGUCGUCUGCACGGAGCUCACCUGGCCAGCAUCCUGUCGCAGGAGGAACAGCUGUUCGUCAAUCGUCUGGGCAGUGAUUACCAGUGGAUCGGCCUCAACGACAAGAUGUUUGAGAGGGACUUCAGGUGGACCGACGGCAGGCCGAUGCAAUACGACCACUGGAGGCCGAACCAGCCGGACAGCUUCUUCCAGUCUGGAGAGGACUGUGUGGUGAUGAUCUGGCAUGAGGGGGGGCAGUGGAACGACGUGCCCUGCAACUAUCACCUGACCUUCACCUGCAAGAAGGGAACAGUGUCAUGUGGGCAGCCCCCCGUGGUGAAGGAUGCUCGAGUGUUUGGAGCCAUGAAGCCUCGAUACGAGAUCAACUCCCUGCUCCGCUACCACUGUAAACAGGGCUUCAUCCAGAGACACAGCCCCACGAUACGUUGCCGGGCCCACGGCCAGUGGGACACACCGAAAGUCACCUGCAUGAGCCCCGCAACUUACCACAACUCAUUUACUCUCCGGCGCCACGGCAACCAGAACAACGAGCAGCAGAGCAGGCAUUACAACCACCACGUCCAUCACUCCAAGAGUCAUCAGAAACACAGUCAAAACCAGGAGCAGCAGCGGCAGAGUUACAACAUCCUGCAGAGCCUCUGGAACCCGUUCCAGAACCGAGUCCAGAGGGAGAAGAGGGAACCACAGGUCCAGACACAGAACCAGGAUCCCAUCAGACACUGAUUCUCUUUGUGGGUUUCUAUUAAUCGGCUUGGCGGCAGGCGGGCCGCGUCAGUGCAGAGGCAUCGAUAGACAGACGGAGUGAUGUACUGAACUGUCUAUGGAUGGCUCUGAAAAGGACAAAGGGAGACGCUUCACCAGCACACUGUCCACAAACACUCCAGGAUCCGAACCGUCACACUCGUGAGAAUUUAGUUCAUUUGUAAAGUUAGUCUCAGAGCUCUCAACAGGAAGACCGGUGCCUUCAUGGCCUCACUGUGUGGUUAACCCAACAGUCAAACACCACACGGGUGGGUGGUCUGUGAAACUCUAGUGAGUCAUUGUUCUCUUCUCUGGACUUCUCUGUGAGAUCUCACUUUAUAGGUGCCCCGUGUGAGUCUCUUUUUCUGUCAACAAUCACAGUUGUGUUCAAAGAGAAAACAUUGUGCGUUCAAUGCAUUUCUUUUAUCGUUAAACAUUAAGCAAAGCAAUUUUUUAAUUUUUAUUUUUUGGAAGAAUUUUAAAUCUACUAAUUGUUUACGUCCGUGAGAGAAACUGUCCAAGAAACGGUGCGACCUUCGAGGCGAUGGUCACAUGACUGAUUAGGAAAGCUAAGCUAGCACUAUGGAACAUGUCUGUUUGUUUCCUGCUAAUGUGAGGAAGGUUUCCAGCCUCCUCGUCAUCGCUCCACACACAUCUGAUGUUUCCUGACAUUUUUACUACGUUUGUUUCCGCUGCACUUUGUUGCAUUUUUAUUUUAUUUUCCAGUAUUUCCUUCAGAUUUUUUUUAUGCACAAAUCGAAAAUACACAUAAAAAUAGGUGGAUGAAAACACAGCUAUUGUUAUAGAAGCGCAAUGCUAAAUGGGUGAAAUACUCCUUUGGGUUCUUCUUCACUGUUUUACCCUCAUACAGUACAAGGAGACAAGCUAUCAAGGCUACCAAAAAGUAGCGUAUUGAUAACUUCAGUGUAUCUGUAACCCUUGCCCUGCGAGGUCGUAGCGGUCUUCCUCCUUCAUGCUUUUCUUGGUGUUUUACAGCAUCAGAAUCAGGUUCAUCAUCAAACAGGUUUUCACAUUACAAGGAAUUUGUUUUGGUGUUUUUGGUUCAUACCAAUAAACAUAGUAAGAAGAAAAAUAUAAAGAUGGAGCAAAAGCAGGUUCUGCAAUUCAGGUAGCUUAAAUAUAAGUACGUUUUUCAUUAUAAUAUUUACAUUAAUGCAUUUCUCCACUUCUUGGCUCGUACAAACGGCAUCGGCAGGACUGUGCUUCACGUCCUGACAACCACUAUUAAAAACUGUUGCUCUGCAGCGCCUCUAGUGGUCAAAAACUCCUCAGGGCACCUUUAAUUUUGAGAAAAAUACGGCACAUACAAAAUGACCAGUAUAAUGUCAACACAAUAUUCACUGAAAUAUCCGUUUAUUUUUUCACGAGCUGUAGUCCAGUAGAGUUUAGGAUUUAGAUGAUGUUAUUGAUCGACUAUAAAGACCAUGAACGCAUCACUUUAAAUUAUUAUCACAGAACAUGUCCAGUUUGUCCAGCCUCAGUUCGUGCAGCUUAUUACGACCCAUAUCUUUAACUGGUUGAUUUCCCUUGUAGAUUUUUGUACAAAAUAUUUUUUAGCGUAGAAAAAAGGUUUUUAAAUGAGGGAGGGGAGAUUUAAAGAGUGGCACACAGAGCUGAGAGAGGACAGUAGAUUAUUAUGAAUGUGUGGUGUGUGCUGUGGAUAUUAAUCAUAGGAUAUAUAAUAUAGAUACUAUAUGAAGCCAUAAGAAUUUAACUUAUUGUAUACUUAAACUAUGAAUGGACUGUGAUAUUAAACAAAGGUCAUUGGAACUGAAGUGAUUCUGUUAAUGACGACUUCCUUGCUGUUUACAGAUUCUGCCGUGUUGUUUCCUGCAGAGGGAACAUCUCGUCGUUUUCAGAGACGUUCGCUGCAUCUGUUUUAGCACCGUUAGCUGAGCUGUUGAUGCUUUUUCAUUUUCGCUGUGACCCGAUGAAUUCACCACCAAAACGAACAUUUUCUACAUUUAUGAAGUUGGGUUUGUUUUUGUUGUUGUUGUUGUUCUCAGCUUGAUGUAGUGUGUUGCUUUGGAAACUGUUUUUAACCCAACAAAUAAGGGAAUGUGAAAUAGACGCAUAGAGACGACUUCUGCAUCCUCCACGAGAUUUUUUUUUUUUUAUAUGACCCUUAUGAAUUUUACCUUCUUCUUCCCAUGUUUUCCUUUUUAUAUAUUGUUUGUCAGUGUAUAUGCAUUUUUUAAAAAUCUUUUUCUACUCCAUGUGGUUAGUGGGGUUUACUGUGUCUGUGGCACAAGAGCUUAUUUUUAUGUAAUCAUUGUUUCUCUCUCUGUUCAAGUUACUGUAAAAGAAAAAAAAAAGUCCAUCAUCCUGGUGUCAAUGUCGUUGUCAGCUGUGUGUGCAAUAAUAUGAACUCUUAUAACUCCA